CAGGGAGCCAAGGAGGUGUGCAGCCAAGCAGUGUGUGCGUCCGGAGCGCCAAGCUGCUUUCGUCUAGGAAGCCAGCGUGACCUCUCUCAGCGUCAGAAAUAAAUAAGCCAGCGCCCAGCUGUCGCAGGUUUGCUGGGAUGGGAAACCUGCUCAAAGUCCUGACCAGGGAAAUUGAAAACUAUCCACACUUCUUCCUGGAUUUUGAGAAUGCCCAGCCCACCGAGGGGGAGAGGGAGAUUUGGAACCAGAUCAGCGCCGUGCUACAGGACUCCGAGAGCAUCCUCACCGACCUGCAGGCCUACAAGGGCGCUGGGCCGGAGAUCCGAGACGCGAUCCAAAACCCCAAUGACAUUCAGCUUCAAGAAAAGGCUUGGAAUGCGGUGUGUCCCCUGGUUGUGAGGCUGAAGAGGUUCUACGAGUUCUCCAUCCGGCUCGAGACGGCCCUGCAGAGCCUGCUGGAGUCCCUGACGUGUCCCCCCUACACACCGACACAGCACCUGGAGCGCGAGCAGGCCCUGGCCAAGGAGUUUGCAGAAAUCUUGCAUUUUACACUUCGAUUUGAUGAGCUGAAGAUGAGGAACCCAGCCAUUCAGAAUGACUUCAGCUACUACCGAAGAACAAUAAGUCGCAAUCGUAUCAACAACAUGCAUCUAGACAUUGAGAAUGAAGUGAAUAAUGAGAUGGCCAAUCGAAUGUCCCUCUUCUACGCAGAAGCCACGCCAAUGCUGAAAACCCUGAGCAACGCCACCAUGCACUUUGUCUCCGAAAACAAAACCCUGCCGAUAGAAAACACCACGGACUGCCUCAGUACGAUGACCAGCGUCUGCAAAGUCAUGCUGGAGACUCCGGAGUACAGGAGCAGGUUCACGAGUGAAGAGACACUCAUGUUCUGCAUGAGGGUGAUGGUGGGGGUCAUCAUCCUCUACGACCACGUGCACCCCGUGGGAGCCUUCUGCAAGACGUCCAAGAUCGAUAUGAAAGGCUGCAUAAAGGUCCUGAAGGAACAGGCCCCAGACAGCGUAGAGGGACUGCUGAACGCCCUCAGGUUCACUACAAAGCACUUGAAUGAUGAGUCGACUUCCAAACAGAUUCGAGCAAUGCUGCAGUAGGAGUCCUGCUCUGAGAAGAGGAUCUGUGUGCUGACCUCAGAAGAUGUAUAUGUUUACAUAAUUUAAUACAGAUUGAUGUUAAUACUUGUGUAUUUACACAACGGUUUCCUUCUCAUCCCUGAAAUAUAUGGACCUUAAUUUGUACCCUGACUGACUCAGCCCAGCAGAGUAUAAAUCGACUCGAGAGCCUUACCUUCGAUGUCUGAAACAAAACCCCGUCUCCCGAGGCUGGAUUCAGAGACUGAUCUUGUCCCGGAAUCCAUCAGCGAUUCCUGUAACAAUCUGAAAUCCCUAAUAGUUUGUGGUAGUGUUUUAAUUCUAGAUGUACUAUCUCCUCAGGAGCAUAGUUCAUAGAAACACAAAGUGUUUGAUUUCCUGCGUCCGUCUGCUUAGCAACAAGAAGCGCAACAGAGGGAGGAAGGAAGGCAAGGAACGGGAAAUGCAUGGGGGAGGGGUCCAUGUUAUGCACGCGCCUCUGCUCGCGCGGCCUCUCCACGUGUGCCUGUUGUAUUAAUCAGCAUCUCCCCUCCUGUUCGGGUCUCUUCUGUCCCUCUGAGGUCCCCCUUACUUCUUCUAUAAGAGGAAAAGCGCCUGUGUUUUAGUGAACGAGCAUUGGGGAUGGAUGGGUUCUUGCAGCUGGACUGAGGACAGUGAUUGUUGAGAGAGAGAGGAAGAGAGAGAGAGAGAGAGAGAGAGAGAGAGAGAGAGAGACAGAAAGAGAGGAAAUGGAGCUUGGCUUGGAGACCCAAGGUCAGCACACUGACCUGCCAGCAGCUGCCUUCGAGUGCUGGCACCCAGCCCGUCCUGUCAGCCAGCACUGUCCUCUGUGGGGACAAAGGACAAGGGUGCUUCACUAGUUAUCAGGAAAUUAGAGACUUAGAGGGACAACACCCACAUCUCCUGGUUCCCUGUUGUGAAAAGACAGCUGUGCGCUGCCCCACCCUGCUGCUGGCAUAGUGUGAAAGCUGCAAUGUGAGUGUCCAGUCAGUCCCUACCCUACUAGAUUCACAGUGUGAUCUUGAGAGAUCCACUUGGCUCUCCAUACCUUGCCUUCUUCGUCUAUAAAAUGGGCCAUUGAAACAGGCAAUCUAGAAAAGCUCUGUCAGGCUGGGAGCCAAUAAAGUGGGUGACUCUACCCUUCUGCCUUUGUGAGUCAGCACUGCCCACCUGCCUUGAUAAUGGUCGCUCCUGCAGGACCCGGUAGCUUCUCCAUGUGUAGACCAAGCUUGGUUAGAAUACAACGCUGGAGACUUGCCCUGACCACCAGUGGGAGAAUGAGGCUCAGAGGAUGUGGUCACAUGGGGUGGCUACGAGGUGGGACCAGAGCCUAAGAUGCUUCCCUCUUACAUCCGCGUGCUUCCUUCCUCACCAUGUGGCCUGAGAGUCCUACUAGGGGACGUGACUGGACCCUGUAGGGAAACCCUAAGCCUGGCCUGUGUGACCGCUUGCUAAUUUCUGCUGAAAAGAAAAAGUUGUCCAAGCAUCAGGAAUGAGAAUCCUGGAGAUGAGGCCUGGGAGAUGAGGCUUAGCAUCUUUGCAACAUUCCAAGGAGUGAGCCAUAAGAUGACCAGCCACGGUUCCCUGGAGUUCUCUAGGAAAAGGGAUGAAUAUUUUUGUUUGGGUUUGUUUCUGCUAAGAAAUGCAGUCCAAUAACACGAAAGAGUCCCUGGUCAAGAUGUAAAUAUCAGUCAACAGGGAGAGGACAGGGCUUUUCCUUGGAGGUUGAAAGCUGAAUGAUUACAACUGCUUAGACAGAGGUCUGCUUAUCAGAACAGAACAAUACUAGAUGGCUGCCCAGACAUUUUCAAACCUACAGAUUCUAAAACCCUGGAGGAGGCCAGGGUGAGCAGACUCAUUCAGUAGUCAGCUUAGGAGAGGUUCUGCUUGGCAGCCACUGGCUGUGCUUGGCCAACAACCGUCAAGCCCAGGAGAAUGGAGUGCACGACGUUUGUCAUCUUUGGGUCCAUUUUCUCCACUCUCGGAAGAGGAGAUGAAGGUUUAAAGAGAAGAAAGGACUUGCCAGUCACCACUGGGCUCUUGAACACAGCUGAGGGACUUUAACCCAAGCCAUGUGUCUAUAUCACAGCUGUCUCUCGGCUGGUUCAAUGAGAAAACGUUAGGGAUUGUCUGUCAAAUGAUACAUAUAUAAAUAUAUAAAUAGUUGAGCACAUUUAUAAUUUUUAAUUAGACUUUCUAUCAAAUGGGACCAAACAUGUGUGGGGCUGCUGGUCUGCUUCUGUUUAGCCAGGCUACCUUGUCCCAGAGCUGAGAUUCAGCAGGACAUGGGUUCUGAUAAGCCCAGGGUCUCAGUUGGUGCCCGUGACCACUGGAAGGACAGGUUGCGUGUCUGUGAUCACUAGCAAGGAACGGGCCACGUGUCUGCUCCAGGGCUGUCGUGGGAGACACAGCAGCUUAACAGACUGUCUGCCGGGCAUCGAGAGUCCUCAAACAACCAGUUUUCAGUGCCGCAUGCACACGUAUCCAAGAGUCGUGGGUGGUUUAGGAGAAGGUCUCGCGACAGUGUCAUUGUCAAUGUUAUCUAUAUUUCAUAUUUGAUGUCUCAUAGUUUUCAAAUAAAUAGUGUUUUCCACGACUCAGAUAUUUAUUUGGGGGCAAGCAGCAAGGUGAAAAUUAUGUUUCUCCGAUUCGUAACUACUUUGGUAUUCCAGCACUUCUCAGAAGCCUUUCAUGUGCCACUAGGAAUUAAUAGUAAAACAAUCAGGUGGAAAUGGGUGCUUGGAAUUGUGCUGACCCCUUAGGGCUGGAACAUUAGCUAGCAACCAGAAAGAUCUUGGAUAUUACCUAAUUAUUCAUUAAUACCAGGCUUCAUCAACAUUUUAGUCCUAACCAUUAUGCCAAGGCAAUGGUAAAUGUAGGUGUUUGAUACAUUGUCAUGUGUAAAUAAAAAUAAUUUCAUGCUUCCUCAAAAAAAAAAAAAAUGGAAGCCCACUCAGUCUCAGGCUCCAGCUGCGCAGUGGGGCUCAGAGACUUCCCGUUCAACCUCGCAUCUUAGACAGCUGCAGAUUUUUCUAGAUGUUAAUAAUUAGCAUUGCAGUUUUAUCUCCCAGAGCCCAAAACUUUAGAACACAAUCUUCUCCCUACAUAGGUAAAGGCUGUUGCACACUCAACGUUGUUUCAAAGCUGUCAUUUUUUUUUCCACAACUCAUUGUCAUUUUUUUAUUUGCCUGAUUUGCCUUGGGUUUAUUUUGUACAGACUUUUCAAGUGUGAAAUCAAAAAUUAAAGUUUGAUUUCUGCGCGUAUUUAAAACACCACUCUAUUUUUAUGGCUGUUCAAGGGUUAGUGGGUAAUGUGCACACGGUGGUUUGCCCUCAUAGAUGUUCACCACACCUGCCUGGAAGACAUAGCGCCAGCUGCCCUCCUUUCUACACCCCAACCUCUUCAAACACAACAUGUAAUUUCCACGGUGUG